UUAAAGUGAAAUAGAGUCAUUUUUCACUGGCGCGCCUAUAUAGUAUAACGCUGACAUUUAGCGCGUCUUUACACUAUGUUUGUAUAACGCUAAUGACGUCACGUCAAAAUAUAUGCACGGCCGUGCAAUAACAUUUUUACGGAGUCGCAAAAUAUGCAUGGGUGUGUGAUAAAUUUAAAUAUUUAGGCACAGUUUGAAGUUGUUUAAAUCAAAUUCUUAUCUUAUGCAAUAUAUCGUGUUUUCUCCUAUUUCAGAAUGGCUGACAACACAUUUGUAUGCUCUCAGUGCGGGAAAGGUUUCAAGUACAAGAGAAAUCUAAGAACUCAUGAACGCGGACAUUCUGGGACGCUACCUUUCACAUGCUGUGGAAAGGGAUUUGCUUCAUCGCGAGAGUUGGAAAGCCACAGAUGCUCUGUUCAUGGUGAAACCAAAAAGUUCGUCUGCAAGACAUGUGGAAGGGAUUUUGCCAGGGCCCAGACACUUGCUUUACACGAAGCUAGGGAAGCAAGAAAUGAAAUGUGUACGUGUGAUGUGUGUGGUCACAAGGCAGUAACCAAAGAUGACCUUAAGGUUCAUCUGGCCACACACAGUGAAGACAGAAGACACGGAUGUCAUGUGUGCGGAAAGAGAUAUAAACACAGUAGUUCUGUGUAUAAACAUGUAAAGAAGACGCAUAAUACUGAUCAAAAUAACAAUUAGCUCUCGAAACAAUGUCAACAGUAUUAGGAUUGUUUAAUUGAAUAAAUUGUUGACUUGUUAAGUCGUACAGUAAGUUGCUUGGUAAUAAUGUAACCGUAAUUUUCUAUAAUAAUAAGUUAGCUAUAAUUUCUGCAAAUAAAUUUGGACAAUGAGGGUAUCAUUUUAAUAUCUAUACUAUUCUACUUCACCAUUAAAUCAUUUUCAAAAAUGUUAUUGUCGAUAAUCAUUUUUAUUUUCAUUUUCAAGUUUUAUUUCAAAAAAUUAGACUGUGAUAAUUGAGUGUAUGUUUGUCAAAUCAUUAUGCUAUUUACUUUUUUGUUCACUUCUCAUGACGUCCGUGGGCCUCUUUUCAUAUAUGCUAAAUAAACAUAGAGUCAUGAGUAAUGCAGUAUAUUUCAUGUUUUAAUGUUCGUGUCUUUUGUAAGUAUAGAAUUACUCAAUCAUUGUAAUCAUUAUUUUAUUUGUGUAUUG